UACCACUUCUCACUCUCCUUUGUAUUAUACAAAAGCCUUAAAAGCAAUUUUCCUAUUUAUAGUAUUAUAUACUUCCAUUCAUCCAACAUUAACGCGGUGUACCAUAUAUCGCUAGACAUCCUGCGUUCAAAUAUGGAUAGCGGCCAGCAACAGCAACAGCAACAGCAACAGCAACAGCCGGCCAAUGCAGGUGCAAAGGACAAGGGGCCAGACAAUAGCAGGAGCGACAGCACCGCAUUGGGCGAUGCUAGUUCACAGACGACACGGCAGAACAAAGGGUCUGCAAUGCUAGACCGCGUUGCCGGAUCGGCCAAUCGACUGGCCACCAGCAUCGUGUGCAGCGGGGCCCACGGGCCGUUUGCGUUCGACCCCAGUAUUCUCGCAGAGUCCAAAUCGGGACUUCAGGGGGAAACUUCAUCAAUGUCACAAGAAUGGAUGGCUGAAAGCAGCCAGGCCAGGCCUGCCACACACACACACACGAGCUCAGUCCAGUUGCCUGUGGUAUCUGGGACCAGCAGCACUGUAUCUGCAUUCCGCCAGGCAGCACGCAAAUCCCAGACUGAAUCGCACCAAGUACAACUUGCGCAGAACUUGGAUGGGCAGGAUGUCAUUGAACUUCUGUCGCGCACACUGCCAACAAGCAUGAGCGCCACGGAAGCAGACCAGGGGGCGGCUGCAGUAUGGCAGCCGACGAGGCAGCAGGGCCCAUAUACUGCCGGGACCUUGGAAACGAUGGACGCUCUUGCGUACUUGCAAAGGUCGACAUACGCCGCCGAUAUGGAGCUUCAAGACCAUCAGGUGCCGCUGAGCGUGGCAGGAUCCGUAAAAGUAGUCGGAAAUACCACCCCGUUGCGCUCGUCGCCGUCGGGACUGGCCAAGAGUUGGAAUGAGCAUGGCGCGCUGAUCUUGGAAGAGUGGAGGCUCAACGAGGCCUGGGACCGCGCAUGGAUGGGAACUGCUUGGCAGACGUCACAGAAGAAGGAGACCGCACCCGACAAGCCGCAGCCACCCAAGGCUGAGCCUGUCAAGCCGUCAAAAAGGAACCUGAGCUAUUUGCUAAAGCCGCGCAUUUGACAGCGGGCUCUAGCAUGUGUUUUUUUGGCCUUUGGUUCUAUAUCGAAAAAUAUAUAAAGUAAAAUGCCG